UAAUAAUUUUUCCCAUACUCCUGAUAGUUUGGUUUUUCAUUGGAGGCGGGAGCACAGAACAUAGACGCAGCUGUCUAGUAUCAUAUCACUUGACAUGGAAACAGCAAGAGAUCUAUUGGUUUCAAUCAAGUGUGUUUUAACAGGUGGAUGUAAUCUCCCGUUAGUAACAUUUUGUAGAAAUCAAGAGACAACCAAUGUUAAAUUAUGCCUGUUUUUUUUGCAAUCGACAAGGGUGUCCACAUGUGUGGUGGUACUGUUUUCAAAACCACUGUAAUUCAGUAAGUAAACACUGGAGGGCGCUAUGGUUCUUAAAAGACGGGCUACUAUCUCUAUCAAACAGCUGGAGGAGUGGGAGACGACAUGAGAAAAAAGGCAUUUAAACCAACCAAACAAAACCAGAGGCAAUGAAGUGAUAUAAAUAUGUAAGAAGCAGAUUGAACCCACUAUUUACAGAUUUGUUGCUGUUGGAAAAUCGUGUUGUUUUUCAGCAACCGUUUCUCAGUAACUCAAGAGGACCUUUGUACUCACUCCAGUAAGUCUGGUCUGGUCUGGUUAUUGAAUGUGUUGGUUGUAGUAGUGGAGAUUAACACCCACUGUGGUCAACACUGAGGCUUUGGUUAUGCCAUGUUGUGAAACUGGACAAACCUAAAUCAGACUGCUUCAUUUAUUGCAAUGUACACACAGAGAAAGAAUAGGGUUAGCAGAGCUUGCGUUCGUUAGUGCAUAAAAUGGAAAAUGUUUUAAAAUGCUUUGCAAUGGAACAUGAAAUGAAGUGUUACUUACUGGACAAGCCGCAGUAGUCCCUCCCUGUUCCAGUCAGUUUUUUUCCUGUUUGGUGCCCAAUGAACAUGUCCCAGGCCUUUGCUCUUACGCUGUCCAAAGCUGAGUUCUCGCGGGAGGUUGUUUUGUUGUCUUUGACAUGCAGAAGAAGGAGGGGAAGAGAAAGAAAGUUAUGGCUGAAAGAGAAAUAACAGAGAAAGCAGAGGGCAGGCUCAUUCCUGAAGAGAUAGCUACCUAAGAUAAUCUUCCUUGGAUAUAAAUAAUUGCUUUAACUCUGUGGAAAAGUAGUGACUUUUGGUAGUAAAUGAGGGAAAAAAACAAGCUUGGUUGCCAAAAACAUUUCAGACUGUCUUUCAGACUGAAUCGAUUCUGAUUGGCUGGGAGUAGACCCAGUAGUGGGAUGGCCCAAUACACUUCCCAACCUCUGGGUUUCUGUUUAACCAAACUCCAUUCCCCUUGGAUUUUUGGUUUGAGCCUACGAGUUGCAACUUUCCCUAUGUUUUACCCUCUCUCUAACCCAAUAGCCUUGGCAGUGAGAAAUGUAUGUACCUAGUUCACGUUCAAUCCGGAGUAGGCAGGAAUGCCACGGAAAAGUCCAUAGACUGUGAUAAGAUACUGCUGGAAGCCUCCCCAGUUGCACUGAGAGAGAGAACGAGAGACAGAGAGUGAGAAAGAGUGGGCGCUACACACACACACACACACACACACACACUGAUAAGAGGAGUUGCCUAGACCACUAUGUUGGAGUGUGGAUCACUUGGUGGCUGACCUGGUCCUCAAGAGACUAGAUCCACUUCUGGACAUUGCAUUAACUCUGCCAUCCAGCCAUCCAUCCAUCUUUCUCCAGUUGUCAGCCAUGCUUUCCUUCGCCGCUCUCACCCUCCGUCUAGGGUCCACAGGAUGCAGAGGAGGUAGGCGCAACCUGGCGACAAUUGUCUCGGGCAACAAGACGUCUCAGCUGGUGAGAGAAAGGUUGAAAGAGGACUUGGACAAGAUGAGGGGCCAGUUCCCUGGCUUCCGGCCAGGUCUGGUAGUGUUGCAGGUGGGUGACAGAGACGAUUCUAACCUGUACAUUAGCAUGAAGCUAAAAGCCGCAGCUGAGAUUGGAAUCAAUGCCAGCCAUGUCAGACUGCCAAAGACUGCAACAGAGGAUGAGGUCCUCCGUAGAAUUGUAGAGGUCAAUGAGAACCUAGAGGUCCACGGCCUCAUUGUCCAGCUGCCACUGGACUCUAUCAACCCCAUGGACACAGAGAAGGUGACUAAUGCCGUGGCCCCAGAAAAGGAUGUGGAUGGGCUGACCAGUAUCAACGCGGGGAAGCUCUCUCGGGGGGACCUGGGGGACUGUUUCAUCCCCUGUACUCCUAAAGGCUGCAUGAAGCUCAUUAGUCAGACAGGCACGUCAGUGGCAGGGAAGAACGCUGUGGUGAUUGGCCGUAGCAAGAUUGUGGGAGCGCCCAUGCACGACCUGCUUCUAUGGAGCCAUGCCACCGUGACGACCUGUCAUUCCAAAACAACUGACCUGGCUGCACAAGUGGGAAGGGCAGACAUAUUGGUGGUGGGUGCAGGCAAGGCGGAGAUGGUGAAAGGCGAGUGGUUGAAGGAGGGUGCUGUGGUUAUCGACUGUGGCAUCAACCACAUCCCAGAUGACAGCAAAGCCAACGGGAUGCGAGUGGUGGGGGAUGUGCAUUACCCCUCUGCCAAGGAGAAGGCUGGGUUUAUUACCCCUGUGCCCGGGGGAGUGGGACCAAUGACCGUUGCUAUGCUCAUGGAGAACACUGUCCAGAGUGCAAAGCGCUUUCUCAAGACGUACCAGCCAGGAAAGUGGAACAUUUCCUACGCUAAGCUAAAGCCACAGAAACCUCAACCCAGGGACGCCGCGAUCGCACACUCCUUCACGCCAAAGUCAAUUGGCCGCCUGGCCCGGGAGGUUGGCCUCUUCUCAGAGGAGGUGGAGCCCUACGGGACGACCCGAGCCAAAGUUCGUCUGGAGGCCUUGAACCGCCUCAAGACACAGCCUAAUGGGAAAUAUUUGGUGGUCACAGGGAUCACACCCACACCACUGGGUGAGGGAACUACAACCACCACCCUGGGGUUGGCACAGGCCCUAGGGGCACACCUUCAUGUCAACAGUUUUGCCUGUGUGCGCCAACCCAGCCGGGGCUCAAACUUUGGGGUCAAAGGUGGUGCUGUUGGAGGUGGUUAUUGCCAAGUCAUUCCUAUGGAAGAGGUCAGUCUCCACCUCACCAGUGACACACAAGCUGUCAUGGCAGCCAGUAGCCUGGUGGUGGACACUAUCAAUGCACGUGUGUUAUGCGAGUCAACACAGUCAGAUAAGGCUCUCUUUGAUUGGCUGGUGCCACUGAGGGACGGUCACAGGAAGUUCUCCCUGUCCCAACUCAAUAGGUUGAAGAGACUGGGUAUAGAGAAACCAGAAACCCUGAAACCAGAGGAGAUAUACCGAUUUAUCCAUUUGGACAUUGAUCCAGAGACCAAGACGCUGAGUGGAUAUGUGGCCAGUGAGAUGAUGGCGGUGUUGGCCCUCAGUACCAGUCUGGGAGACAUGACGCGUCGCUUGGCCAGGAUGGUGGUGGCCUACAGCCGCAAGGGGAAGCCUGUCACAACUGAGGACCUGGGUAUUAGUGGAGUGCUGGCCACAUUGAUGAGAGAUGCUGUGAAGCCCAGUCUAAUGCAGACCGUGGAGGGGACACCUGUGUUUGUUCACACCUGUCCAUUGUCAGAUAUUGCCCAGGGCAACUCGUCCAUCCUGGCUGACCAGAUCGCCUUAAAGCUGGUGGGCCCAGAGGGGUUUGUCGUCACCGAGGCAGAAGGAGGUGCUGAAUUAGGCAUGGAGAAGUUCUUCGACAUCAAGUGUCGCUCUUCGGGCCUGCAUCCUGACGUGGUGGUGAUGGUGGCUUCAGUUCCUGCCCUGAAGAUGCAUGGGGGUGGACCUGCGGUCACGGCAGGUUCAGCCAUGCCGAAGGAGUACUCAGCGGAGAACCUGACGUUACUGGAAAAUGGCUGCAACCACUUGAAGAGGCAGCUGGAGAAUGCCCGGGCUUUUGGCUUACCUGUCGUUGUAGCCAUCAACACCUUCAGCACCGACACUGAUGCAGAGUUGGGCCUAGUCUGUGAGCAGGCUAAACUGGCGGGGGCCUUGGAGGCGGUGCCAUGCUCACACUGGGCUGAAGGGGGUGCCGGAGCGGUGGCGUUGGGUCAGGCGGUACAGAGGGCAGCUGAGACACCACACCAGAUUAACUUCCUGUAUGACCUGGAGAUGCCCAUUGACGACAAAAUCAGAGUAAUAGCAAAGUCAAUGUAUGGAGCGGAUGAUGUGGAGCUCCUUCCUCAGGCCCAACAGAAGGUGGCGCUGUUCUCAAAACAAGGCUUGGGCAACCUGCCCAUAUGCAUGGCAAAGACCCACCUGUCCCUGUCCCACGACCCAGAGAGGAAAGGGGUGCCCACCGGCUUUACCUUGCCCAUCAGGGACAUCCAUGCCAAUUUGGGUGCUGGUUUUCUCUACCCCUUGGUUGGCACGUCGAGUGUAGCACCCCAAUCUCCAGCCUUCUCCUGUUUCCAUGACAACGACUUCAGCACUGAGAGCAAAUAGUCCCUGCCUCCUCUCGGGAAAAAGGGUUCCAAAAGGAUUAUCUUGCUAUCCCCAUAGGAUAACCAUGUUUUGUUCUAUGUACAACCUUCGGGAUCCAUGAACCGAAAGGGGUUUAACCCGCAACUAAAAAUAAUGAUUCCAAGGGUUAUCCUAUGGUGACAGCCAAAUAACCCUUUUAGGUUCUAGAAAGUACCUUUUUUUCUAAGAGUGUACCCCCAUUCCUUUUUUCCACUUCACUUCUCUCCCUCCCCUGCGUUUCUCUCCCAUCCCUUCCUCUCUUGCCUGUCUCUUUAGCCUCUCUUUUCUCUCUCUCCUCCAUCUCCUCUUUGCCAUCCGUCAUUCUCCCACCCUCCUUAAUCCUUUUCUUUCGUUGUGCUUUUCUAAAAGAGUUGGACAUCAUUAAUCUCAAGAGGAGUGAAGACCUCUGUCCCCUCCAACUGUCAGCAACAGUCAACCACAGUGCAACAGGAAACCCAGUGAUCAAACCAUUGAGAACUACAAUAGAACCAAACCAAUGUUCAAGGCAAUAUGCUCCAUCUCACACCUGUUCUCCUGCUGUCCACUCCCUAAUGGACCAUGUUCAUUGGACGUUUCUCUUUCCCUUAAUCCAAUUCAACUUAAGGGCUUUAUUGGCAUGGGAACCAUAUGUUAACAUUGCCGAAGCAAGUGAAGUAGAUAAUAAACAAAAGUGAAUUUAACACAAAUGAAUAGUAAACAUUACACUCACAGAAGUUCCAAAAGAAUAAAGACAUGUCAAA